AUGGCAACUUUUAACAACCCACUCCUGGACAUCCGGAGACAAUUGCAAAAACUUGUAAUCAUGUUGUCCUUGAGCAUUAUAUGCGUCUCUCUCCUUUACCAUCUGCUGGUAUGCUGCGAAUCGGACUUGGUGGAGAGUUCCAAAAACCCACCGUGGCUUUUAUCGGGAUGGUACCGAGAGCGUAAUAAUAAGACCCUUCUCAAAGAAAUAUUAACGGCGCCUGACUACGUGAUGGAAGAGAGCGUAAAUCCAGCCAACAGCUCGGGGAAAGAUUGGACCGCUAUCCGGCGACUUCCACACGCUCUAAUCAUCGGAGUGAAGAAGGGAGGAACCAGAGCUCUUCUGGAGUUCCUCAGGCUUCAUCCUGACAUCCGAGCUCUUGGGUCAGAACCACAUUUCUUUGACAGGCACUACGCGCGUGGACUCAGCUGGUACAGGAGCAUGAUGCCCAAAGCUCUUGAUGGGCAAAUCGUAAUGGAGAAGACGCCCAGAUACUUUGUCACCCCAGAGACACCAGCCCGCAUCCAUGCCAUGUCUCGGGACAUCAAGCUAAUUGUGGUGGUGAGGGACCCCAUCACCCGUGCCAUUUCAGACUACACCCAGAUCAUCUCCAAAACCCCAGAUAUCCCCAGUUUUGAGAACCUGACAUUUAAGAACAGAACCAUGGGACAGAUAGACUCUCUUUGGAGCCCUCUGUACAUUGGACUGUAUGCCAGGCACUUGGAGCGGUGGCUGGCCUACUUUCCACUCUCGCAGAUCCAUUUUGUCCACGGAGAGAGACUGAUAAGCGACCCAGCGGGUGAGCUGGGCCGCGUACAGGACUUUCUUGGUCUGCAGAGAAUCAUUACAGACAAACACUUCUUCUUUAACAAGACAAAGGGCUUUCCUUGCCUCAAAAAGCCAGAAGGCAGUAGCAAACCCCACUGUCUAGGCAAAACCAAAGGCAGAACUCACCCUAAAAUUGACCCGGAGGUCAUACAGAAACUUAGGGAAUUCUACCAGCCCCACAACAUGAAGUUCUAUCAAUUGGCAGGCAUGGACUUUGGAUGGCAAUGAACAUUUCUAACCAUUAGAACAAGGGAUUCAAAUUCAGUUGCAGUGCAAUUGGUUCCUUAUUGGGGAAUUAUACACUGUACAUUGUCAGCUGCCAAGUAAGAAGUCUAUUGUUUGUGGGGGUCGGCAAAAUGAAAAUGUGAUUAAAGUGAAAACGAUAUCUCCAGAAUUCUUCAUAGGUUUGAUGAAGGUUCCAUUGCUAUUCAAGUCAAUGAAUCAUGUCUGCCAGAUGACACUGGAGGUCAGAAUUCAUGUCAGAGUGAGGUUCAGAUUGAGGGUGUGAUAAAGAACAUCAG